AUGAGUUACAACAAUAGCAUUAUAGUCCUUGGUGCGGGCGUGCUCGGCUUGACAACAGCAGCGGAAUUGUCUUCGAGGUUUCCAAACACCAGAGUCAUAGUGGUUGCAAAGCAUCUUCCAGGUGAUCGUGAUAAGCUCUACGCAUCGCCAUGGGCAGGGGCCAACUUCGAGCCCGUGUCUCGUGACAACGGUCCUGCUGAGGAGCGAGAUGCGAUCACGUAUCGGAAAUUGAACGAGCUGCUUCAACAAGGCCAUGGCGACAAGGCAGGAAUAUACAAGAUGGACUGCCGUACUUUCUAUGACGUCUCACCGGAAGAUGCUGGAGUAUUCAGCAAUGGAACUCAGGCGAUCUGGUUCGAUAGACUGGUCGAAGGUGGGAUACGAUAUCUUGAUAGCGACCAAAUACCGCUGGGGGCGAAUUUCGGAUUCGAUUUUCAAUCCUUCACCAUUGAUACUCAGCGAUACUUGAGUUGGCUGCAGAACCUUGUAUUGGGCAAGGGUGUUGAAAUUCGUCGGGGUGCAUACUCAUCCCUUGCAGACCUCUUCCAACGAUUUCCAGACGCAAAAUCAUAUUUCAAUUGCACAGGAAUUGGGGCGCAUCAUCUGGGCGACGUGAAAGAUUCAUCUGUUUACCCAGUUCGUGGACAGAUUGUUCUCAUAGAAAAUCCCAGAGAACCAGUAACAAGGCAAUAUGUUCGUGUAUCACCACAAGCGGACAAUGGUGGAGCCACUUAUGUCUUCCCCCGAGGGAGGCAUGGUGGUAUCAUUCUCGGGGGCUGUCGACAAGAAGAUGAUUGGGAUGGCGAGGUCGAUAUGGAUCUCGCCAAGGAUAUUAUGCAGAGAUGCUGUAAGCUCGCCCCAGAGCUUGGUAAACCAGAAGACCUAAAGGUCAUUCAUCAUGGAGUUGGGCUGAGACCAUCUCGAAGACAUGGGGCCAGAAUAGAGAGAGAACUGAUCAACGACAACAUGGUGAUUCACAAUUAUGGCGCAGGAGGAUUCGGUUAUCAAUCAUCGUGGGGUGCUGCUCAACAAGCUGUGGACCUUCUAUCGACAUCCUCUCGACUUUGA